CAGAAGGUCUGGGCAGCAGUGUGUUCCUGCGUCCAUGAUUGGCUUUGGUCAGCAAGUGUCCAGUGGGAAUCCACAAACUUUUGGAAGGCCCCCCAACCAGACAUCCCAGCCGCCUACUCAUUGUACAAGGCCCCCUAACCCUGUGGAGUAUCUGCCUCACAUUGCUUCUGCUCAGCACAGAUUCCUGCCACCGCCGGGCACAGGGCCCCUUAUGUACCCAGGAAAUAUACAUGCUCAGAGUGGACCAAGGCCCCCAAUCCAGCCAGCCUUUUUGCCGCACCCCUAUCCGAUACCUGCCUACCCUGUCCAAGUUCUACCGCCAAACAUUCGUCCUAACGUCCAAGUAUCCGGUGCAAACCAGCAAUACCCUGCACAAGUUCCUGGCCCUCCAGUUAGCUUGAACUGUAGCAUUGCGGACUCCCAUUCCGCCAUGGAGCCGAGAUUCCCCACGAAAGGUGUGCGUACGCGCCCCCUCCGACAUCGUCCAAUGACCUAUCAGCCCUUCGUUCUGCCCAUGCACUCAGCACAGCACCCCCCUCCAAGCAGGUACCCCCCUCCCAUGCAGCAGUUCCCCCCCACCAGUGCACCACCCCCUGCUUCCUACCACCCCCAGAGUUACCCGAACACUCCCCCCUACACUGAGCCUGACUGUGCCAAAGAACAGAGCGGAUCCAACUGGGGGGCAGGCUGGGAAGACUGGGAAGUAACCGAGUUGAAGAAAAGUCUGUACAGAGAGUUUGCGACCCUGCUGUCCAGCCAUGGCCCCCUAGGUGAGAGGGAUCAGCCUGUGUUAGGACUCUUCAUGGGGAUGCCUACAGAAGCAAGGCAACUCAUCAAGGAGUGCGGUGGCGUGAAGGCCUUCCUGCUCCAGAGCCCAAAGUUCAGUGAGGAGGGGGGGAAGAUUUGUCUGUCUGAUGAACCACGGACACACGUGGCUGUGUCUUCUGCCGACAGUGGGCAGGGGAGCUGGGAGAGUAACGCAAUCUCCUCCAGGCCUACGUGUACCAGUGGCAUCAACCCCAAUGCCAUGGAGUUUGUCCCCAGUGAGUGUUCCUUCAGCGAGGCUAGCUCUGACGACGUGUUUGUGGAAGGUGAAACAUAUGAAUCAGAACAACCAGAUUCGGAAUCUGCAUUCAAGGAGAUUGCGACAGCUUACGGUAUCCGAGUCACUCGCCCUGAAGCCUACAGCCUCGAAGACUGCAGCCUUGAGGGUGUAUCUGGCGGCUCCCUCCCCGAGGCAUUGCCAAAAACUGGACCUUGUGUGUUAGCUGGAGCUGGCGAUGCAGUACAAAGUGAAGAGAUAGAGGGAGCAGAACACACUUUUGAAUCAUCAUGGGCUGUUGUUUGGGAUGAACAGAAGAUGUCUGAAUUUAGCCAUUCUACAAGCAAUGCUGGAAGCUCACAUUGGUCUACUGCCUCAGAACAGCUGGACAGCAAUUUAACCAUGCCUACAGACUAUGAGGACAAGGAGGACUUUAAAGGUACCGCUGCUGGGGAGCUUGUUGGGGUUGAAAACUCUGAACUUGUUGAAGAAAUAACUGUUACGGCAAAUGACGAUGCCAAGUCACAAAACGCAGACUUUGCCGUACAGUUAGAUAACAAAGGGAAACAGGACUCUGUGAAAGGGAGUGACGUAGUAGUAGAAAGUGAUCUGGGAGAGUCUUGUAUUGUGGAGGAUGAGGUUGGUGAAAGCAGAAAUAGUGAUGAAAAUCAUGAAGCAAUUGCCUAUGAUGACACCAUUUCAAAGAUGUGCAAGGACGCUGACGAAAUGUUGCAGGUGUUUGAUAGAUCUAGUAGUUUAGGUUAUGACUCAUACACGUAUACAAUAGCAAAAGAUGAGAACAUAUCAGAUCAGGUCACUUCUAAUGGUGCCAUCUCUUUCCCCAAAGCAGAGGGGAAUGCUAACAUACCUGAAACUUUAACCCAAACAGAGGAUGGAGUCAAUGACGCAGAGACAACCAUCUCUGAGAACACCUUAUGUUCCUGUGAGAAUGCGGUUGGCUUCCCCACCUUUCACGAAGAAACGGCCACCGUCGAGCAAUCGUUGGACACAUUCUUUCAUGAUAUGCAGCUCAACAAAGAUGGCAGCAAUGACGUACAAGAACACGAUGAAACUUGCUGUCAAGCAAACUUCAACGAGAACAAUAACAAUGUAGACAAGCAAUUUUCUACCGAGCAAAUUGCAGAAUGUGACACCAACGAAAAUGUAGAGAUGGGGCAUGUUGAGAAGUCAUUGAUCAAAGAAAGGCUGUGCCAAGCGGAGAUGACCAACUACAACCUUCAUCAAGAACUGAACCAGACAAAAGAAGAACUGAGCUCCAACUUCUCGAAGAUGAGAGACUCAGAGAAAGCAUUGGGAUACAUGGAAGAGGAAUGCAAGAAUCUUGAGAAACUGAUUCAAGAGAAAGAAGAGAGGUAUCAGGAGCUUCAGCAGUACACCAUCAAAAUGGAGGAUAGAGUUAAGAAAGUAGAGCAGGACCUUAGUGAGAUCAUGGAAGUCAGCCUUACCAGGGCACAAGAAGUGGAGAAGACUGUGCAAGCUGCUUUGGGAGAUAAAAAACAGAUCCGUCAUCUUGAGGAGAAGCUAACUGAUCUUCAAGAGGAGUUAGAGACUGCUAAGAAGGCACUGAAAACUAAGGAAUCUACCACAGAAGCUUCUCCCUUGCAGCUUGUAGCUGUUGAGAAAGCGCUGACAGAAAAACUGCAGCAAACUGAAAAAUGGCUGUGGAACUACGGCAAGGAGAUCCCAGAAGAGUUGAAAGACGAUAAAGAGCAGGUAAAAGACAUUCAGAUGACUGUUCAAGCUGCCAUCGUGGAUCAAAACCAGAUCCACCAUCUUCAGGAGAAAGUAAUGUCUGGGCUACGAGAGGAGUUAGAAACUGCCAAGAAGGAACUGAAAGCAAAGGUGUAUGCUGCAGAAACGGCGCACUUGCAGCUUGCAGCUGUUGAGAAAGAGCUGACAGAGAAACUGCAGCAAAGUGAAGCACAGCUGCAGAGUUCCCUUCAGCAUAACUGCAGUCAGGAUGCUCCAGAAGAGUUGAAAAAGGUCCAGGAGCGGGCGACUCAAGCUAAACUCCAGCUCGCAGCUGUUGAGAAAGAGCUGACAGAAAAGCUACAGCUUACUGAAGCACAUCUGCAGCAACACUGCAGCCAGCCUGUCUCAAAAGAUGAAAAGCAGAUACACCCACUUCAGGAGAUACUAUUUACUGUCCUUGAAGAGAAGUUAGAAACUGCCAAGGAAGAAGAAAUGUACCAAUUGCAGCAUGCAGCCGUUGUGAAAGAGUUGAUAGAAAAAUUGCAGCUGACUCAAGCAGAGCUGCAGAAGUCCCUGCAGCAAUUCUGCAGCCAGGAUGGUGCAAACGGAAAACAGAUCCAUCAACUGCAAGAGGAAGUAGCUGCUCUUCAAACGGAGUUAGAAACUGCAAAGAAAGAAGAACUAUCUAGCUUGCAGCAUGCAGCAGUUGAGAAAAAUCUGAUAGAGAAACUACAGAUUGCUCAAGAAAAGCUACAGAAGUCUUUGCAGCAAAACUGUAGCCAGUUUGUCCUGGAAGAUCAACAACAGAUUCGCCAACUUCAAGAGGUAUUAACCACUGUCCUUGAAGAGGAAUUAGAAUCGGCCAAGGAUAAAGAAAUGAGUCUUAAGAAUCUCAAAUCUCGUGAAAAAGUGAUCAUAGAGAAAUUGGAGCUUGCUCAAGCACAGCUGCAGAAGUCCCUGGAGAAGGAUGUUGCAGAUGAAAAACAGAUUCGUCAACUGCAAGAGAGAGUAACUUGCCAUCAAAAGAUGUUAGAAAUUUCAAAGAUACACCAAAUAGAGCAGUCGCAAGCCAUAGCUCGUAGGGAAAACUUGAUAGAGAAAAUAAAGCUUGGUCAAGCACAACUCCAGAAGUCUUUGCAGCACAACUGUAGCCAGGACAUGUCAGAUGAAAAGCAGACACUGCAGGAAAAGGUAACUGCUCUUCAAGAGGAGUUAGAGACUGCAAAGAGGGAGCUGAAAACCAAGGAAGCUGCUGCAGAAAAGGCACAAUUGCAGCAUGCAGCUGUUGAGAAAGAGCUGACUGACAGACUGCAGAGUACCGAAGCAAAGCUGCAGUAUUCUAUGCAGCAGUACUGCAGCAAGGAUGUCCCAGAAGAUGAACAAGAGAUGCAUCAGCUACAGGAGAAAGUUACCGCACUUCAAGAGCAGUUAGAAACUGCCAAGAAGGAAACAAAGGGGUCUGCUACAAAAGUGUCUCCCUUGCAGCUGGAAGCUGUUGAGAAAGAGCUGACGGAAAAGCUGCAGCAUGUCGGAGCACAGCUGGAGAAGUCCCUGCAGAUGUUAAAAACUGUCAAGAAGGAGCUGAAAACAAAGGAAUCUGCUGCAGAGAAGGCACACUUGCAGCAUGCAGCUGUUGAGAAAGAGCUGACAGAGAGACUGCAGCACGCAGAAGCACAGCUGCAAGAGUCCCUGCAGAACAACUGCAGUCAGGACGAGUUGAAAAAGGCUGAGGAGCGAGCAACUCAAGCAGAACUUAAGCUUGGGAAAAUGCUGGGCGAGAAACUGACGUUAGCUGGAUCACAUCUGCAGCAGAAUCUCAGCCAGUGUGGCCCAGAAGAGCUGAAAGAGUUUAUGGAGUUGGCUCAAGUACUUCAACAGCGGCAAAAAGAAAAUGAGAUGACUCUAAUAGCUGGCCUUGAGAAGGAAAUAGAACUUCAGAAGAAAUUGAUAACUAAUCUUCAACAGGGGUUAGAAACUGCCCAGGAGGAAGGGAAAACAAAGGAAGCUGCUGCAAAAAUGACUCGCUUGCAGCUGGAAGCUGUGGAGAAAGCGCUGACAGAGAAACUGCAGAACACUGAAGCACAGCUGCAGGACUGCCUGCAGCUGAACUGCAGCCGGGAUGAGUUGAAAAAAAGCCAGGAAGAGUUGAAAAAAACUGAGAAGAAAGUAGCUUCUCUUGAAGAGAAGCUAGAUACUAUCAAGAAGUUACAGAAAACACAGAAAUCUGAUGCAGAAAAGGCACGCUUGCAGCAUGCAGCUGUUAAGAAAGAGCUGAAAGAGAAACUGCAGCAAAUUCAAGCUCAGCAGCAAAAGGAUGCCUCAAAGGAAAAACAGAAGCUGCAGGAGAAAAUAACUGCGCUUCAAGAGGAGUUAGAGACUGCCAAGAAGGAGCUGAAAACAAAGGAGUCUGCUGUAGAAAAGGCUGACUUGCAGCUCACAGCUGUUGAAAAAGAGCUGACUGAAAGACUGCAGCACACGGAAGCAGAGCUACAGAAAUCCCUGCAGCAGAACUACAAUCAGGAUGUUGCAGUUGAAAAACACACGCUCAAGGAAAAAGUAACUGCUCUUCAAGAGGAGUUAGAACAUACAAAGAAGGAGCUGGCAGCAAACAAGUCUGCAGCAGAAAAGGCACACUUGCAGCAUACAGCUGUGGAGAAAGAGCUGACUGAGAAACUGGAACAUACAGCAACACAGCUGCAAAACCUCAACCAGAAGGUGCCAGAAGAGUUGAGAAAGGCCCAGGAGAAACUAAAGCUGACUGAAGAACAACUCCAGAAGGCCCUGCAGCAGAGCUUGAGCAGGGAUGAGUUGAAAAAGGCCCAGGUGCGAGCAACUCAAGCUGAACUUCAGCUUGCAACCGUUGAGAAAGAACUGACGGAAAAACUGCGCCUUGCUGAAGCACAGAAAGUCAGUGAGAAUGUGGUGGAAGAGUUGGUGAAGGCCCAGAAGCGGGCGACUCAAGCUGAAAUUCAGGUUUUGAACUCCACGUUCCGCUGGUGCCGCUCUGAGCUGGAGGAACAGUACAGGGAGGGGGAGAGGAUGUACAGGUUCUUCACGGAGAGGUGCAUGCUGGGAGAACGAGAGCUGGAGAAGUUCAGCUGUGAUUGGCAGGACUACACCAGCGACAUCCUCAAGCAGAUCACUCAGGUUCAGCUGCUGUACUCCACCAAUGUCCAGAGGCUUCAGUCAGGCCAGCCGCUGUCCAGCCUUCCCCAGCUCAGCCUGGUCAGGCCACAGAUGCCACGACUGCCUGACCUUACUGCAAAUAUGCUGAGCCCACCUGACAGCUACAAGCUCCAUCUUGUCCCACUCUGCCCUAUCGCAAACCAGUCAGUCUCCAGGCCAACCAGCCCUCCACUGCCCAUGCCUACUGGCAACGUAGACUGGUCUUCCUGCAUCCCUCCACCAAAACCCUUGCAGGAGAAAAACUCCACUCCUGAUGGCACCAGUCCCCAAGAAGCAGGGAAUGAAAACCAUCCUCUAAAAUCUGACCAACACGUCAGCUUACCUUCAAACUCUAAAGGCUCAUCAACUGAAAACAGCAACUCUUCAACUCAGGAGAACUCAGCCUUACAGGGCAAGAGAAGUCCUGAAAAUGACGUUCAACCGCCGCCGAAAGCCAGAGUUUCGGAGGACAAGAAGCGUCUUCGUUUGCCGUCUGGGAUGUCGAAAGCUGCCGCUAUCCCUAGCGGUGCAGUACUAGUCUCGAAGAGGAGGAGGCGCACAGAGUCUGGAAGCAGCUGUAGUUCGAAUGUGACUGAGGCAAGUGUGGCAUCUGUGGCUGGCUCCUCUGGUCCACCUGGACUUGUGAAUCUGCAGGAACCAAUGAUGCCCCAUACCACUUCACCUGCCAAAUCUGUGAGCCAAUCACCUGCAGAAAAAUCUCAGCUUGCUCCAAAGUCUGGUGUGGAACUGCCUAAGCCCAGUACAGGGAAUGAAGACUCCCUCCAUCCAGAAACUGGCCAAUCAGCUUCAAACCAAAGUCAAGACAGCCAAUCAACCAACAUAGUGCAUGUGGCCGGCCUUGCCCAAUCAGGACCAGGUUAUCAGAAUGUUACUGGCCUUGCCCAAUCAGCCAGCUACAUGGCACCACAUCCAAUGGGCUUGAUGCCACCAGGAUAUGCAGGACAGCAAGCCUUUAGUGUUCCAAGGCAGGUGCCUCUUGGAGCUGGACUGCAGUUCCAGCCUGACAUCCACAAGUUCUCCUCUACACCUCCAGGUGUCUUCGAGUUUGCUGGUCACCAUCUAACUCCACCAAAUGUCUUACCGAGGGAUCAGGGAGCACACUCCCAGGUGCAACCAGGUGCUAAGGACACAGCUGAAGCACCUUCUUCACUACAACCAAACAAAGAGCAGCUGAAAGCAUCUGCUAGCAUCUCAACGAAAACGUCGGACAAUCAGAAGACAGCCUCCUUUACCCAAGCUGUCAGGCCUAAAUCAACUAUCCCAUCUGACAAGGCCAGGGCACUGGUGCAACAGGCACUCACAGAGGAUGCACUGGACACCCAAAACAAGUACCAGGCCUUGGAUACUGGAAUAGAGGACGCCACAGAAGAGGUUGAUGAAGCCGCACCAGCAGCCAAAGGGGUUGCUGAACAUGGCGGCUCCGAUGAAACGCGGAGGAAAGCGGCGAGUCCCGUCUCACAACUGUCAAAUGUCCAGCAGCUCAGCAAGUUCCCUGAGAUAGAGGACAACAACAAUAGCAACAAUGAAGAUGAGUGGCAGAUGCAGCUGAGUAAGAAGAAGAGAAAAGUGCUUGCAGCAGUGAAGGAGUCGGAGGCUCCACAGACGAGCGGCAAAGCUGCCGCCAAGCAGAAACUACUGGACAGACUUCAGGCAGACCUCCCAGGCUACUCAAGGGAACAGUUGCUGAGCGCGGCUGCUGCAGUACGGCGUGCGAGGCAUGGCACCCUCAGCAGCCUGCCGUUCUGCAUCAUCAGCGGAAUGGUGAAGGCAGAGCUGUACAAAAGUCAGCUGCCUGCCCAGGUGGAAACAUCAAAUCAGCCCAGCUCACAAACCCCACCUAGCAGCCAGCUCCAAACUGCACCAAGCAACCAACCUGGGACUCGAGCCAACAACCUGGUCCAAGCCACACCGAGCAACCAACCUGGGAGUCCAGCCAGUGACCAAGCUGCUAAAGCCCCACUGAGCACAGAGGCUCAGUGCACAGGCACUACCCAGUCCUUUGAAGCUGGUAGUAGUGCCAACCAGGUUAUUGAAGCGACUGAAGGAAACCUGCAGCUUGCCAGGAGCCUGCUUCAGUUAAAGUACAAGACGGAGAUGUGCUCUAACUUCCGCAGCAGCGGCACCUGUCGCUUUGGCGACAAGUGUCUGUACGCGCACGGGGAAUGGGAGCUGCGCCGCACUCCCAAGCUGACACCCUGUCCAGCUAUGCAGCAGAAGGGACACUGCCCACAUGGUGACAGCUGUAUCUUUGCACAUUCCAAGAAUGAUCUGAAAGCACCUGCCAGGACACCUGAGCAGGUGAAACCUGUCGCAGCUGUGAGGAGGACGUCCCCGACAGCUCGCAUGCGUCUGGUGGACCUGAAGAAGAAGAAAGAGCAGACAGAGGACAGACUUGACAAAAAGAGGCCUCUCUGGCAAACUGUAGAGACAAAGCAACGGUCACAGUCCCUAGAGGCCGACGUCUGUGCCAUCUGUGUGGACGACCUAUAUGACCUGAUGGGGUCGUGUGUCCGCACGCUGGACUGCGGGCAUCGCUUCCACGAUUCCUGCGUCUCGCGCUGGCUGCUGAAGGAAGAGCGGACGUGCCCCUGCUGUAGGCAGCUCGCCUUGCUUCCCGAAGAGUUCCCGCGCUUGAAAUAGUCCAAAUGCUAAGUGUUAGACAGUUGGAUUAUUGAAACUAUUCAAGCUGCUCAAGACCAGAAUUUAUGCAUCAAAAGACAAGCUUCAGAAAUCCCUAUAAAACGUUGAAUACUGUAUUACGCACACUCAGGAAAGCUCGUUUGAAAGAUUUGGAAUGAAUAGAGAAAGCAAAACUAGAAUUUGUUCCAGGUUUACAUUUUCAAAGUAUUGAACCUUGGACCUUGAAGAAUUGGAACUUGGACCUUGUAGAAUUGUUAGUACUGUGAAGCAAUACAAAUAUGGUGCAAAAAUGCUACUGAAGUGCCUGACUUGGAAAAAGAUAGAAGUACAAUGUACAUGUAGUCAUUGAUUAGUUAUUACUGCAAAGAUGAUAUGUGCAGGGAAGCUGUCAAGUGAUGAUAUUUUUGUACUUAAUUAUUGUCUUUCUGCACAUUUUCCUUCAGAGAUGAGCUAGGGACCAAACUAUGGAAUUCUACCAUGCAAUGAAUAUUAUUCAGAAAUGCUUCCUUUUGUGUAUGAAUCUAUGUAUACUAAACAUUGAGAACUUAAUGGAUAGAAACAUUUGUCAACAGCAAUGGGAGGGCCAGCAAUUUCUAGAACACUAUAAUGAUGGAAGAAUUAUUUAGCUUUAGAUGCACACUAAGUUACAGAACAUGACAAAAAUUGUCCCAAUUUGUAUUUUGUAAUACCUAAAUUGUUCCCAUUGAAUUAUAAUAUUUAAAAAAAUGUAGUGUAUCAUUUGUUAUUGUAGGUUAUAGAGUUGAUGGUCUAGCAUUUCUGUUUCUGUUCAUUCAAAUCUUUUGAUAAACUUCAGUUACUGCUGUGGCAUGCCUAAUAUGUUGAACUUGAGUGGUAAUGUCUUACUGAAUGUUUAUACUAUUUAUAUCAGAUAUUGGAAGGUACAGACUACAGAUUUAAGUAGUUUUGUAUCUGGUACGGUUUGGUGGUCAACCAAUCCAAAGAACUGAUGACUUUGUACAAGCACCAUGUUGCAUUUGGUACAAGGCAAAAGUCACAAGUGUUGUAGAAAGCAUAACUAGGAAAUGUUUUUGUAUGUUCUGUUUUGCUUUUGUAUGUUUAUAAAAGACCAGUUAUUUCA